UUUUUUUUUUUACGUUUCUUCAUCUUUCUUGUUAUUAUACCUUUUUUUUUUCUUUUCUAUUAACAUUAUAUUUUGAUGGCAAAACCAAUUUCUGCUCGUGAAGCUUUUGAAUUACACAAAUCUGCUGUGACAAGAGACUUUGUUGCUAAACCACGACUAGACUAUAGUACAGUCACUGGUGUCAAUGGUCCACUUGUUAUUCUUGAUAACGUGAAGUUCCCCAAGUUUUCUGAAAUUGUUGACUUGACUCUUCCCGAUGGUUCUACUCGUUCAGGUCAAGUACUUGAAGUUCAAGGUAGCAAGGCUAUUGUACAGGUAUUUGAAGGAACUCCUGGUAUUGAUGCCAAAAAAACUCAUGUCAAGUUCACUGGUAAUACUCUACAAAUCCCUGUAUCUGAAGAUAUGUUGGGUCGAGUAUUCAAUGGUUCUGGAAAACCUAUUGAUAAAGGUCCUAAAGUAUUUGCUGAUGAUUAUUUGGAUGUCAAUGGUUCUCCCAUCAACCCUUUCUCUCGUAUUUAUCCUGAAGAAAUGAUUCAAACUGGUAUCUCUGCUAUCGAUACAAUGAACUCUAUUGCUCGUGGUCAAAAAAUUCCCAUUUUCUCUGCUGCUGGUUUACCUCACAAUGAAAUUGCUGCUCAAAUUUGCCGUCAAGCAGGUCUUGUUCAAAAACUUGCUCCUACCAAGGAUGUUCAUGAUGGUCAUGAAGACAAUUUCUCUAUUGUGUUUGGUGCUAUGGGUGUUAAUAUGGAAACUGCUCGAUUCUUCAAACAAGACUUUGAAGAAAAUGGAUCUAUGGAACGUGUGACUCUUUUCUUGAAUUUGGCUAAUGAUCCAACUAUUGAACGUAUCAUUACCCCUCGCUUGGCCUUGACAACCGCUGAAUACUACGCUUAUCAAUUGGAAAAACAUGUUUUGGUGAUCUUGACCGAUAUGAGUUCAUAUGCUGAUGCCUUGCGUGAAGUAUCUGCUGCUCGUGAAGAAGUUCCUGGUCGUCGUGGUUAUCCUGGUUAUAUGUAUACUGAUUUAUCUACCAUUUAUGAACGUGCUGGUCGUGUGGAAGGUCGCAAUGGUUCUAUUACUCAAAUCCCCAUUUUGACUAUGCCCAACGAUGAUAUUACCCAUCCAAUCCCAGAUUUAACUGGUUAUAUCACUGAAGGACAAAUCUUUGUUGAUCGUCAACUUUACAAUCGACAAAUCUAUCCACCUAUCAAUGUUCUCCCAUCUUUGUCUCGUUUGAUGAAGUCUGCCAUUGGUGAAGGUAUGACAAGAAAGGAUCAUGGUGAUGUUUCAAAUCAAUUGUAUGCCAAAUAUGCCAUUGGUCGUGAUGCUGCUGCUAUGAAAGCUGUGGUGGGUGAAGAAGCUUUGAAUCAAGAAGACAAACUGUCAUUGGAAUUCUUGGAAAAGUUUGAAAAAACGUUUAUUGCUCAAGGUGCUUAUGAAUCUCGAACUAUUUAUGAUUCUUUGGAUUUGGCAUGGUCCUUACUCCGUAUCUUCCCCAAGGAAUUGUUGAAUCGUAUCCCUCAAAAGGUAUUGGCUGAAUACUAUCAACGUGAUCGUAGCAAGGCAAAACAACGAUCCAAGGGUGUCUUUGAUACCACCGAAGAAGAAGAAGAACAAUAGGAUCUUUGUAACUGAAAAACUAGGUAAUCAUGGAUAGAUAUGUGCCGUGCGUAGUUAGUUUAUUGUUAUCAUAUUAAGUUUUUGUUGUACAAAUUUUCCCUUUGAUUAUUAUUUUUUUUUGUCCCACUGCUACGAAAACUCACAAUAAAAACAACCCAAUUUGAAUAUAAAA